AGUUGGAUAAAAUCAAAUAAAAUAUGACAAAUUUAAAAAGGGGAAGUAAAAUUAACCUGUAAGUCAUCAGAAGAAAGUUUGUUUGCUUCCCAAGUUUUGUUUUGUUAUAUUCCAACGAAAAGUGCAUAUUUACUUGGGAAUCGCCCCUCCAUUUUUGUUGUGAUUUUGCGUUUUCGUCUGCUAAUUCUUACUUUAUGGUAGACACGCAUUUGUCUACCAUAUGGUAGGUCAUCUUCCAUUCACCUACUAGCUAAAAGUAAACAAAAUUUUCUACCAUUUCUCUACCUUUUUCGUUCUACUACGCAUGGUGGCCGAAAAGUAGGAAAAAGGUAGAAAUCAAAAAUUUUGAGUGUGCUGUUGCGUUCUGCCGUCACCAUUGAGCCCUUUUUUCCGUGAUUUUGUAGGGAGCCGGAUCGUACAGUUGCUUCAUUUUAUUCAGCAACUGUGUCGGCUGAUACAGCAAUACUUGAUCACCUUCCAUCGUCGAUGACGGCUUCGCUUUUCCCUUGUCUGUAUAUUUUCUAAUGUUGGCUUUUCGUUUCUCGUCAUGGCUUCGGGCUGUAUCAUGGUGGUCACUGUCUGGCUGAGUUGGUGGGAGUUCUGGAAGUUUUGUUCUGAUGUUAGUGAUGUGACGUUAACUUUAACGACUAACGUGAACAUCAUGUUAACGGACGUUUUUGGGGUCCGUUAACUUAACGUAAUAACUUAACGUUUUGAAAUUUUCAUGCGUUAAUUUCAACGUUAUUUUAUUUAUUUUUUAGCUUGAAAAUGCAACGCUGUGUUAAGGUUUUUUGGUUUAGGUUUACUGUAAAAAUUUAAAUUUCUACUUCUUACACGGCUCAGCGUACGUUCGUAGUCUGCUAGACAUUUAGAAGUACACAAUGUGUUUUUGAAUGCUUUAAUAAAGUUCAUUUUUUAGUGAUUGACUGAUUGUACUGAUUGAAAUGAGUGAAUCAGAGAAUUCCUCAGAAGAUGAAGGGCAAUCUAUUCAUUUUGUCCCUGCUAAUCUACGUAAAAGAAGCCUCAUUCACAAUUAUUUUGUAUUCAACCAAAAGUCGAAUACAAGUGUGUGCAAAACUUGUGAAGCUGAGCUUGUAGGAAAAAAUACCUCAAAUCUUAUAAACCACCUCAAAAAACCAAUUCAUUUGAAAGAUUUAUAUCCUAAAUAUCUUAAAGAGGUGUCUGAUAAUCAAGAAGCUACUGCAAGUAAGAAGACUAAGUUGUCGAAGGAAAAAAAGAAACCUGAUUCAAAAUAACGUUUAAAAUAACGUUUAACUAACGUUAACGGAUGCUUUAAAUUAACGCGUUAAUUAACGCGUUAAUUUAACGUCAAAAAGUAAAGCUCCGUUAACUUAACGGAUAACUUUAACGUUUCAAAAAACCACUAACGUCACAUCACUAUCUGAUGUCCCUGUUGAAAAGCAGCUUUGCUGCUGCUACUGCUGUGGUGCUGUGAGGCGAUGCACGAUAGUUGAGUACACAGUAAAAAAUUUUAUGCGUAUUGAAUUUAAUGCGUAUUGACGGCGCCUUACAUUGACGCUUGACGCUUUUACCGUUACAUUUUUAACUGUUUUAUAUGCGCUUCUAUAUGCGGGAAAUUUUCGUAAUUUUUUUCUUUUCCAUAAUUAAGAUCUUUUUCUCCUCUUUCUAACGAUACCAAUUUUGCCCCAAAAUAUUGCACCUUUCUAGUAGGAAACUUUGUUAAAUUGAAAGGCCCUAUUUCCCCUAUUUCUUUUGCCGUGGCACCGUUAAGGUAAAGCCGACGGAAGGUCUUAAAUCUUUUAAAGCUAUCAGAAUAUUUUCAAUUUUCCUUCCCAAAUUUCUACCUUUACGUUUAUAGUUACUCUUUUAUUAUUCCCAUUUAGUUAGUUUUAAGAAACCCACAUGAUAAAGUAGAAUACUUGGCCAUAAGAUUGUUUCCAUUUUUAUUUUUCCCUGUUUCGCAUUUCAAACAACUGUAUGCGAUUGCGCUGAGCCAUCGAAUAUGAGAAGUAUUCAAUUUUCCGAUGCUGAUUGCAUGCCGAAAGUGAAUACUACGAGUGCUGUUCCAGUGAGAUAUGUUGUCUACAGUGAUGAACGCACCGCAGUAAAAUUUCCGGGUUUUAUUUUCGCAAAAUGGGGAAAUAUUCACCGCGUGACUAUGAACUUUUUUGGUAAAACAGUGAUCGUGCCUGAGAAAAUUCCUAUCGACACAACAGCUUCUGAGUGCUAUAACAUGAUUAACACUAAAAAGUGCGGAGGAUAUGAAAUGAUUCUUUCGUACGAUAAACAUGUAUUUUCGCAUGAACUUCGAUCUGACGGUUACUGGAUGCGAACCAUCGAGUGGGAAACUCUCAAUUGUGCGCUUGAACAAGUACAACUGUUUCAACAAGUGGAAGAUGAAGAUUUUCCAACACCGAUCGGAAAAGCUUCCGCAACCGCUGGAACUUUAUCUCACAACCAUUUAACUUUGGUUUGGGAUACAACAUACACCCAUAAGAUUCAACAUGAACUACGUACAGUUGAAUUUGGAAGCGGAACUCUUCUGAUGAAAACGGAAAAUGAAAAAUAUUUCCGCUUUUUGGACAACGAUCGUCAACUAGAUUUUCAUUUAACUCUUCAACCACCUUGUACUCCAAAUCAACGAAAUUGCAACAACCGAACAAUGACUUUUAAAAUCGUCGGCCAUUCAAAAUUAAUUUUGGUAACGUGGCCCAUCAUCGAUAAAUCUCUAUCACUCACCGCCGAGUCGGCGGCCAUCAAGGAGAAGGCCCCACCAAGCGUCACUAUGGAAACCACCUCGCCAUCUAGUGACCCAGAUUUGGAUAGAUUGGCUAAUAAACAAUAUAUUCAAGAUCGUGCUAUUGAUCGUGACAAUCAAUUAGCGCGUUUGUUACAAACAAUUAAAUGUGAUGUUCGCAAAGCUAAAAAUGAACGAGCAAUUAUCACCGCCCAAUAUAAUGAUUGGCUCACCGCUUUACUAUUGAAAUUACCUCGGUGCGCAAAGUUACAAGCUUUUGGACAAACCGCCGUAGUGAUUCAGUGUAAAGCCGUGAACGCCACAUUUGAAACCGUGAUCAUGCCUUGUGGACCACAACCGAAAUUUAACAAUUAUACGAUUUAUCUUGAUGGUUGGGAAUUAGUGAAAUUUUCCCCAUGCUAUUGGAAAAAUGGUUUCGUCAAUUUCAACGAUAAACCUUAUGCCUUUCGCAACAACACUUGGACAAGGCUUGACCCAAAUAUUGUACUGCCGGAGUGUACAUUGGCUCAUUCUUUCCGCUAUGAAGACGUGAAAUCCUUUGACUAUGACCAUCGCAGCAAUCCAGCUUGUUAACGACAGAAGUCGUUAGGGCCGUCGAUUGUUAAUUACCGUCUCGUAUCGUCGAUACCUUCUCAGGGCCGUCGAUUAUACAGUGGUGAUUCGCAGAGGAAACUUUAAGUUACCGAAAACUUAUUUGCCUAGUGAAAUGGCUCAACCACGGACACGUGACGGCAGCACAACUAGUAUGCCAGAUAUUGGUAUUCCGGUUCAUCUUAACAGAAAUGAUACUGGAGUUGGCAGUCAAAGUGGAUCAUCAGAUUCCAGAAGUCAAACGUCCUGUACACCAGAAAAAAGAAUUCAAGCAAUCGCAGCGGCACGUGUCGAACGAGACACAUUAGUCUUUAUCCUUGAGCAACAGUGUCGUGAGAUAGAGCAGCUGAUUAGUAACCGUGGUCGCCGUUCCAUAUUAAACCAUCUCAAGACACAGAUCCAUAUUCGUUUGGAUCAAGUGCGAGAUGCUAAUUUCUUGUACAAUCAAAGCUUAUGGGAAGCCAAGAAGCCGAUGACAGAUGCCUAUAAUUAUAUUAUAGGUAUAGAGAUUCAUAGAUCAUUACCUUGAUGAUCGACGUUACUCGCCAGCUUCUACUGCCAGUCGUGCUACUCGGCGCCAAGCUGAUGAAGAAUCUUUCUUCACCAUGGAUUAAUAUCGUUACAAUUCACGGCCGCAAACGCCUGAUCCGGCGUUAAGGCAAUCCAUGGAUAGAACUACCGAUCGAUAUAGAUUCGAUACCUAUCGACCUGUAUCAACGAUGGGAACCCGCCCACGUCUGAGUAUAAUCAUAGACCAUUAGAGCAAUCAGGGAGAGUUGGUCCCCCACCCCCUUUAAUUCCAUCGUUCAGCAGCGAUCAUUGGAUUAACAGGCGUACACCUCCGCCAAGGGGAGCUUCAGCGGGGUUCAGCCGAAAUUGGCUAAUGAAUGCGUUACCACAGAAAAAGAUAACGCCAUUCAAUGGCAACCCAAAGGAAUGGCCAACCUUUAUCUCUUCGUUUCGGGACAUGAUCCAUAAUGUGGUACCAUCGGACGCUCAACGCCAUGCUUUCUUAAAGCAGAUGCUCACUACAGAAGUUCGUUCCUACAUAGCCGAAUACUUGGACUAUCCGUCCAUUAUUAUGAUGCCUUAGUAGAACUGAAGAAGCGAUAUGGUCAACCACAAGUGGUUGCUCGGAGCCAUUUGAUGGCUCUUAUGAAUCUUCCAUCGAUCCGAGUUGAUGAUUCAGAGGCACUAGCCAAGCUCAACCGAACUAUUCAUGGAGCCAUGCAUGCCCUGAGGACUAGCGGAUAUGAGCAAGACUUGUAAUCUGGAAUGACUCUGGAACACGUCGUCUCCCGUUUACCUCCGCAAAUGAGAAGUAGCUGGGGCGUGAAAGUGUACCGGAUGACUCCAACACGAGCUACUCUCAAGGAUCUAGCAAAGUGGAUAGACGAGAUGGUGAUGAGUGAAUUGAUGACCAGGCCAUCUACUCAUAGAUCACCAGCUCCACAGAAGGAAAAGAAAGCGGGAAGUGCUAAGCCUUCAACCAAACCAACUCCUCUCUUUGGUAAAAGUCCUGUUGUUUUUCACACCUCCACAUCUCCACCAGUCAAGAAACCGCAACAAAGUCCUCCCUCUGAGAGUAAUUCGUCAUCGCUGAAGAAAGGCGUCAUUAAGAAGUGCAUUUAUUGUUAUAACCCCCAUUCGAUAAAUACCUGUUCCACAUUCAAAGAUCUAGAUGUUACACCUAGAGUGGAGUGGGUAAAAGAGAAACGAUUAUGUUUCAGGUGUUUGAUUGGAACACAUCGGGGAACUGAGUGUCCCACCAAAAUCAUCUGCAACAUUGGGAACUGUGGUCAACGACACCACCCUCUUUUGCACGGAGCACCUCGACUUUAUCCCGCGAAUGCUUCAACCACUUAAAAUGCAGGUCAGCCAUCAGCAAAAUCGUCUGAUGGUCGCGCAAUGACCAUUAAAAACAGGGAUACGGCAAUUAACACUUCCCUAGCUAUCGUUCCUGUGUUACUUCAAACUAACUGGGUGGAAAUCGAAACUUUCGCUUUUCUAGUUCCAGGAGCGACCGUUAACUUAAUUCGAGAGGAUGUAGCUAAACAGCUCAAAUGCAAAUGGAAUGCAAGGAAUGUAUCCUUUGGCUCGUUUCACGGCCAAGACCCACAGUUUUAAUCAACUACGGUUAGUCUGACUGUAGAGGCUCGUGAUAGAUCUUUCGAAUCGGAUUUAAAGCAGGUCUCUACUUUUCCGAUUCAGUACCUAAAGUUACCAUGCCCACCGAAGGAGUUAAUGGAGAUCCGAAGUCGUUACCCUCAUCUCAAAGACGUAAAACUGGUUGGUGGUUGGAGAACCAACCAUCCUUAUUGGAGCGGGAACCAAUGGCUGCACUUACGUCUCGAUGAAAGACUAACUCCUGUUGGAACCGACGCUCCCUUUGGUUUAUUGACGCCAUUUGGUUGGACUUGCGUUGGCGAUCUAACAUUAGGGACACAGCAACAUGAUUCAACGGUUUGUUGUAAGAACAAACCCUUGCUGACGGAGCAAAAACUCUACUACCAUGUACAAGAAUCACCGACGGAAGCAUUACUUUUGCGCUAAGUUGAGAAAUUGUGGGAAACGGAAAGCUUUCCAAUUGUAACUCCAGCUCAACCACUAGAAUCAACCGAGGUUAGCUAGCGAGGAAGAAAUUCGAUGCAACUAUUUAAUUCGACGGAACCAGGUAUGAAGUAGGUCUACCAUGGGUCUCAGAUGAUAUCGCACUACCCGAUAAUUACAAUAGUGCAUUGCGUCGACUUUUUUCUAUCGAAAACAAAUUCACGCACAAUUCUAAUUUUGCUGAAAGAUACAAAGCCGUAAUCGAUGACUAUGUGGCAAAGAGAUUCGCGCGGCCUCUCAAAGAAAGUGAAUUGAAGGGCACCUUUGGGAGAAAUUGGUAUCUGCCCCACCAUGGAGUCGUAAAUCCUCGGACACCUGAAAAGGUUAGAGUGGUCUUUGAUGCUUCCGCGAAGUAUCAAGGAGUUGCGCUCAACGAAGUGCUCUUAAAGGGUCCCAAUCUCAUCAAUGACAUACGUGCUACCCUUCUACUCUUCAGAGAAAAGUCGGUGUCCCUAUCUGGGGAUAUUCAACAAAUGUUUCUUCAAGUUGGCGUGAAGAAAGAAGACCGUUUCGCCCUACGAUUUCUAUGGCGUCCACCUGGCUCUCGAAAAAGACCCACCAUAUAUGAAAUGCAGCGAAAAAAAAUUGGAUCGGUCUCAUCCCCUUUCAUCUGCUCUCAAGUGCUCCGACAUAUUGCUGACCUACAUCGUGAAGAAUUUUCUGAAGCCGCUGAACGAGUCUACAAUAACCUCUAUGUAGAUAACCUUCUGGAUUCUUUUUACACCGAAGAGGAGGCUAGUCGAGCGGUCAAAGAUUCUACAGCAUUGCUAAAAAAGGGAGGAUUCCAUCUGAACCAAUGGCUCUCUUAAUCUCGACGGGUAUUGUCACGUGUACCAGAAGGUGAUCGUAUUCAGCCUCGCCUGAAUUUGGAUCUAGAGGAUUUGCCCACGGAGAGAACCUUAGGUGUUUUAUAUGACAGCGAAAGUGACAGCUUCAUCUUUGAUGUUAAAACCGACGUCGAAGCGAGUACUAAGCGUCGGAUCUUGAGUGCUGUGUCUACCUUGUAUGACCCACUGGGUUUUUUAUCACCAGUGAUCCUUAGCGCCAAAAGAAUUCUACGAGAAUUGUGGCUUGUUGUUGACUGGGAUGACCAAGUUCCCGAAGUAAAUCAACACCAGUGGAACAAGUGGAAUACUAAUUUUAGCCAGGUCGAAGCGUUCAAGAUCCCGCGAGCUUUAACUUCGUCUAGUGACAUCCAAGACAUUCAGCUGCAUGCCAUUUGCGAUGUAUCCACCGUUGGGUUUGGCUCUGUGGUAUAUCUACGAGUAACCUAUUGCAAUAAUAUCAUCGCCGUAAAUUUCGUUUCGUCAAAGUCCCGCGUGGCACCCCUUCGUCUGCUGACCGUUCCGAAAUUAGAACUCCAAGGAGCAGUUGUGGCACUACGCCUUAUGAAGUUUGUCAAAUCGACCCUUCGUAUUCAAAUCAAUCAAAUCAUCUAUUGGUAUGACUGUAAAACUGUCCUUCAGUGGAUAGCCUCAAAGACUUGUCGCUUUCAGACGUUCGUCGCAAAUCGAAUAUCCGAAAUCUUAUAUAUCUUCGUAUUCUCAACCAACUGAAUGGAGACAUGUCCCAGGAAUCGAAAAUCCAGCUGACGAGUGCAACAGACGACUUUUCCCAGAUGAGAUGAUGAAGAAUUACCGUUGGGUUAAUGGCCCAGAUUUCUUGCAGCAAGAAGAAACGCCUGGCCGAUAACCAUUAAACUUCCCGAACCUUCUGUCGAAGAUCCAGAGGUAUCAGCCACCAACUGGAAUGGGCUCGUUUACGGCCCCUCUGAAGAAAACAGGCUCCGCUCACUUUUGGAACGAAAUUCCAACUAUGACGUAGUGAUGCGAAUUGUUGCAUGGAUCCUUCGUUUCAUUUUCAACUGAAAAAAAAAAUUCUGUAUCGUGACAAAUCACGCAUUGGUGUCAAAUGCAUUCAAAGCGCUGCUAAUUAUUGCAUCAAAUCUGUACAAUUGGAGAAAUAUUCCGAAGAAAUAGAGGCUUUAAAGGAUAAAAAUCUUUUAAAAUUGAGUUCGACGCUGAUUACUUUAUCACCAUUUCUGGAUGAAGAAGGAAUACUGCGAGUAGGAGGUCGCUUGAAUUACGCCCCCCUUUCGUUCGACACCAAGCAUCCCAAAAUCCUUCCUCCUGAUCAUCCACUCACGCGUUUAAUCGUCAUGAGAGACCAUGAUCUCCUGUUUAAUCCAUCUCCAGAAAGAUUGCUCAGCUCAAUAAGGUAUCAAUAUUGGAUCAUUAAAGGACGAGUGGCUAUCAAAGGGUAUCUGCACAAGUGCUUUACUUGCAAACGCCAUUGAGCUACUCCCUGCAUUCCUUUAAUGGCCCCACUUCCGCAUCAUCGUCUUAUUCCGUUCCAACGUCCAUUCACUCAUGUGGGUUUGUACUAUUUCGGCCCGUGCAACAUCACCAUUUAUCGUCACAAAAUAAAACGAUAUGUUUUGCUGAUAACCUGUCUCAACACUAGAGCGGUACACUUGGAAGUUGCAGCGUCACUUGACUUAUCGUCUUUUUUUAUCAUUUUUGCUUCGUUCACCGCACGAAGAGGUCGCCCGUCAGUCGUGUAUAGUGACAAAGGAACUCAAACUGUUGCUGGAGACAAGGCAAUCCAACAAGGCAUCGAGCGUCUCAAGGAGCAGAAUAUCGUUGGUCAAAUGGUGAACCAAGAAAUCGAAUGGCAUUUUUCACCACCAUUAGCGCCACAUUUCGAAGGCGUUUGGGAAAGUCUCGUAAAAUCAGCAAAGGUGGCUCUGGAAGCCAUUGUGGAAUCACGUCCGCUUACCGAAGAGCUUUUACGUGGUUUCGUGAUUCAAGCCGAAUCGUUGUUGAAUGGACGUCCACUGACCUAUGUCAGUGUGGACCCUCGAGAUCCCGAACCACUUACCCCUAAUCAUUUUUUUUUAGUCCAGAGCUCGCCUAACACCGAAGACGACGUCAUCGAGGACGAGAAAUUAUAUUCUCGAAAACAUUGGGAAGCUAUGCAAGUCAUGACGACACAUUUUUGGCGCCGAUGGCUUCAAGAAUAUCUUCCCACUCUCACUGACCGUCGAAAAUGGCUUUUCGAUAAGAAGAAUUUGGCUGUGGACGAUACCGUGCUUGUGGUGUCUCCAAAUUCUCCUAGAGAACAUUGGCCUAUUGGUCGAGUAACUCGGAUCAUCCCCAGUACAGAUGGAAUCGUCAGGUCGGUGUUCGUCAAGACCUCUACUGGAGAAUACCACCGCCCGGUGUCCAAAUUAUGCCUAUUAGAAUCUGAUGUUACUGAUGUAUAAUUGUGUCUCUCUGUAAUCAGUAACAGGCCCCGCUGUUAACGACAGAAGUCGUUAGGUAUAAAUGUAAUUUAAUUUUUGUUUUGUAUGUCUUUAUGUACGUGUGUGUGUGUGUUCAUGUCAUUGCCGAGGGGCAGACAAGUCUGAACUUGUCUGAUCUAAGCUAAACUAAUACCCUUUGGUUUUGCUAUAGUUUACCCUCCCUUACACUUCCGCCACCCCAUUUACACCUAAAACUAAAUGUUUGCGUUAGUGCCCUUCUUUUGUUUUACCCUUUUUCUGCAUUUUCGCCGUAGUCGAAGACGGAGGGAGAUGCGGUCACUCUGAUUCGUUUUCGUCGUGGCUGCAGUCGCAACCUGUUGUUCCCGUUUUCGUCUUUUGUACCUCGUGUCGUGUUUAAUACAUCGCAGCGUGGCCCUUUUGGCCACUGAGUUAGCCACAUUUUCAUCUCGUUUAUUUCAGUGGUUAACAAGCUUAUAACGACAAUUUACUCAACCACAUGAACGUUGUAGCCGACAUCGUAGCCACCAUGAAUGAACAAACACCUGCUGCUUUUCCAUUGAAUCAUCGUCCUCAUGCAGUUGAUGUUCUAUUGAUAGCAACGGGAGUCGAGAGAUAUACCAUCUGGUGGGAGAUCAUCCAAAUUUCUUUGUUCAUCGUCGUCAUUUCCAUUUUUCCCUCAUCGUCUUAUGCAUUUGCUGCUGUCUCGGUCUUUUCGGUGUUUGCUGCCCUCCAAUUGAAGAAGUAAAAACUUCUCAUCACGACCGCAUGCCGCUCCACACGACCGCAGGCCUACAAAUAUAUUUACUCAACAUGCCCACAUUUUACUGUCUUAUAUUUACUCCCCCUUUCACUUAUGAUAUCCGCCGUUUUCCUUAUGUUAACGUUUACAAUUCGUACCGUAUUUCAUGCUCAUUUCCUUGAAAAGUUGUUUGUCAAUUCGGAGAUGAAGUCAUCGACGCUUUGGUCUGACCUCAAUGAACACCUGCAACUGACGUAUGUGCGAUGCGCAUAUCGCACAAUAAAUAAACAACCGGUUUAUUGGUUGAACACACGUCACAAUCCCUCUCUUUACAAAACAUCUUUUGGUUGGUUGCCCGUGCCGAGUUGCAACAUGCCAUCAGCGUCUGUGAUCACUCCCGAAAUGCGAGGUUUCGUGGUGAACCCACAUUUCUGACAAACAGAGUCGAUUCGCAACAUCUAAGCAGUUCAGACGUCAAUUGCUGAGUGUUUAAUCCCGUAAGUCUAUUCGUAAUUUUGUCCUUUUCCUGUUGUCGAACUUUGUUCUUUUGUGAGUACUAUCCGUGCUUUUCUCCCUUCUUGAACUGUCUGUUUAUUUCGUGUCUCGCUCUCGCUUCCACGAGCCGCAUCUUAUUCGUUCUUACCGCCGUGCGCUCCCGUAACAUUCGCGCUACAUCGGUAAGCUUCAACUUCCCUUAUGUUUCUGUCAUUAUGAUUUGGCUCGUUAUCUUUUUCUUGUCCUGUUGUAUGUCCCUUCCCGUGUAAUUCUUAUGGCCUUAGUCAAGUAAAUACAUACCAAUCAUUGUGGGUAAUUC